GGAACCUGUUUCAUUUACUUGUUUACUUUUUUUAAAUUAAGUUAAAUUGUAGUUAGUUGUUGUUAAUUUAAUCCACUAAAUUACAGGCAUAAAACACUUACAAUUAAUUGUUAUUGAAAAGAAAAACUAAACAAUCAAAUAAAGACGAAGAGAAUACAAUUAGUAAAUCAUCAACCCUUUCCAACAAUUAACAGUGGAAAAGUCAAUCCACCAGAAACUCCAGAACUUUUAACAGAUUAAUUAUCAAGCUUAAUUGUUGGUUAACAGGUUCAGAAGUCUCUAAUUAUUAGAAUUGAAGAUUAAUUAACUAAUUGUGAAGAUUAAGAAAAGGGAAACAGGUAAACGAAAAUACUUUCUCAUAAGUAGACCGAAAGUCUUACCUGUUGAUGGAGAUUCUGUAAAAGAGGAAGAUGAGGAUGAAGACGAAGAUGGAGAUGAAGAUGGAGAUGAAGACAAUAUCAUCUGAAAUUGAUCUUGAAUCCAUCGAUUAUGGUCAAUCAUUAAGUACGCAAAUACGGAAGUAACAAUCACCGGGCAAAGUGAGAGAGAGAGAGAAGAUGGAAGAUAAAUAGAGAGAGAAAGAGAGAAGGUGAAAAGAGGUGGAGAUGAUAAGAAGAGGAUAAGAACUUGGUUUUCAAGUUCCAAUCAGUUGAUAUUCCAAAAAAAGAUUCACAAAGACAUUGAACUUGAAAAGAGAAGAAAAAAAACAUCGAAUGGAAAAAAAUUGGAACCAGAGUCCGAAAAACUAAUUGGAUGUCCAGUUGGUCAGUGUUUUCCUUUUUCUUUUCGUUAUCCCGAAAAAUUGAACAACAUUCAAAGUCCAAGGUAAAAUUGUUCAGUUUAAAAGUUUAUCUCUUGUGAGAUUAACUUUAAUCGCCCGCCAAAUGAUGUUAACUCCAAUUCUUAUUCAGGUAAUUGUUACCUUGUUAAUUAACUUUCUUUCCUUAGUUGUCACACAAUCGACUUGUGGACCUAAGGUCAGUGCCCGUCUAUUAAUGGACAUCCCUUGUGAUAUGAGUAAGACAAAUUUCUGUGAAUUGUCGGGGACAAUUUACCCUUGGUCAGCAGUUCGUCGUUAUAUUUAUGAGAAUCAAGGUUUAUUACGUCGUAUGUAUGGUGACCAGAGACAUUAUUCAAUAGUGACCAAUGAGAUGCAUGAGGCCAACGAAAAGUAUGAUAAUAUUUUCAUCUACGAUCAGGAGACUAAAUUUUUUGAGAGCAAUCAAAUUAACCAUCAAUCGCCUUAUGCGGUUAAAUAUCAGCCUCAAUUUAGACCUCGAGCUUUUUUCAUGGACGAAAGUGAUGAGGAUGAAAGUGUAACUUCAUCUUCAUCUUCAUCUUCACCAUCAACAUCAACAACAAUCGUUAAUCAACAAACCAAUUCAAGUGAAUCAUCAAAUAAUAAUCUAAAUUUCAACGAUCAAUUAACUAGUAACAAUAAUGGAACCAUUGAUAAAAUCUUCAUGUUGAAAGAAAGUGAAAAUAAUACUCGACAAGAAUCAACAACAUCGAAACCAGAAUCAUCAUCAACGACAAUAAUUAACGAUCAAAGUUCAUCAAGUGAAUCAGAUUAUUCAGAUUCUGGUGUAACAGUUAAAUCGGAAGAUGAAGCAACAGAAUCACCAAGUGAUCAAAAUGAUGAAAUGACCAAACAAGUGGACAAAGUGCUUCACAUGAUUGAGGCCAAUGAUCAACAAGAAUCAUCUGAAUCAAGUACAUCAUCACAAUCGGAAACACUUCAAACAUCAUCACAACCCCAAUCAACUUCCUCUCCAACACAACCACAACCCCAACCACAACAAACUACAACUACAACACCAAUGAGUACAAUUGAAGCGCAUUCACCACACCCCACCAACAACAACAACAACAAUGAGCAAUCACCACCUCCAGCGCUUCCCAAACAACCAACAGCACCAAUGGAAACCGAUACAGCACCAAAGGGCAAGGGCGUUAAUGCUUGUCCAGUUAAAGAGGAAGUGGUUGCCCCUUAUUGGGCGAACAACACUCGAGGUGAGAUUCUGGCUCUACUGAAUGUCUACCCCUUCGAGCAAUAUGUCCACUGGGAGAAAUGCGCCCACGAGAACAGUCAAAUGUUCUGUAGGGACGGUUGUCGAUGCGAACAACAAUAUCGACUUCAUCGGUUACUCGCUUUCGACCCGAAAAAUGAAUGUCGAGGUAUUUUCGCCGAUUGGUUCAGAUUUCCUUCGUGUUGUGUUUGCAUUUGCUACGAUUUACCAGAAACUAAUCUAUUCUAUCGAUCUAAUAAAAGGAAAAGUCGACUUUAGGACAUUUCCAUCGAAUCGAAAAGAAAAAGAAAAAGAAAUCAAAACUAAACUCGAUUUCCAAUCGUAAAUUUUGUUAUUUUUAUCGUUUGUUUCCAUUCAAUUUAUUGAUUCAGUUUAAUUCUAGUUCAUGAUAGUUAAUCAAUUAUCAUGAACUCUAUCAUCAAUUUCAUCCAAUUUGUAUUAUUAAUUAUGUUGUUUUCUUGUAAUCAAUUUUGACAGAAAAUUAAAAUGUAAAAUUUGAGAUUUUAA